CAUUAUCCAAAGAUUUUACAGAAUUAAAAAACUAAAAACAUUUAAAUUUUAUGCUUUCGCAAAAUAAUGGCAACCAAAAUUGAACUGGCAGCAACGUGAUCGAUGCCCAAUUUUGGCACACGUAUAUGUACAUUCAAAACCGUGGUUACCAAAGCUGCCCAACUGUACAGCUGCAUAUAUCAGUCAACGGCCUAGAAAAAGGUCAAGGGCAUCUCCCUAUUCGCUCAUGCCCUUCUCAUCUCUCUGAACGAAUCGGGCGGACAAUUGCCAAUGCUCUGUCAUUGCAACACUCCCGCUUUUUGAGCCUAGGAGUCCUUGCCAACCAACUUAUCGAUGUAAGACUAACUUAUAAAUAAAUAUCUUCGCUGCCGAUAAUACCAAAUGCAAUAAUGCAUUCCCAAUUUGGUAGCUUUAACAAUAAAUCUGUGCCAUAUAUAUAGAUACAUACAUAUAUAUGUAUAUAGAUUUCAAGUCUCUGGUACAAGCAUAUGUAUGUAUGUAAUUGCAUUUAUACUCUACUCAGUCGUUAUGACCAACAAAACCAAAAUUAGUUAAUACUAAACAGGUCACCACUUUCAUAAUUGUUUCGAUAUUUAUUUAAUACUUUUUUUUAAUCGUUAAUAAUAAAAUGUUUUUCAUUGUGCGCAUGUGCACAAAACAUGAAUUGUAACCGAAAUUGCACCCAUGGUGGUAGUUUUCGUACAGAUCCUGAAUUUAUCAAUGUUGCAUUAUAUACAAAUACAAGUAAUUUUUAAAUGUCACAAUUGUCAACAUUUUUACGUAGUUUGCACGUAAUCCGCAAAAAAAAACAUUCAUAAAAAAGUAAAUAAAGCUGAAAUCUACAUUGCGAUAUAUUACCCAAGUUAAACACACGUUUUUCAACGAUGUUACCAUCUCAAGAAAGUCUAAAGGCUUGGAUACUAUCAGCUCUUAUGGUACACGGAGCAGUUGCAGGCAAUCCCGACGCUAAGCGACUUUACGACGAUCUUUUAAGUAACUAUAACAAACUGGUCCGACCAGUCGUUAAUACUACAGAUGUUCUUAAAGUUUGUAUAAAACUUAAACUUUCACAACUGAUUGAUGUAAAUCUUAAAAACCAGAUCAUGACUACAAAUCUUUGGGUGGAACAGUCAUGGUACGACUACAAAUUAAGGUGGGAACCCAAAGAAUAUGGUGGAGUCCAUAUGCUACACGUUCCAUCUGAUCACAUUUGGAGGCCAGACAUUGUACUUUACAAUAAUGCCGAUGGUAACUUCGAAGUGACGCUUGCAACAAAAGCUACAAUUUACUCUGAAGGAUUAGUUGAAUGGAAACCACCAGCAAUAUACAAGUCAUCCUGUGAGAUAGACGUAGAAUAUUUCCCAUUCGACGAACAAACAUGUGUUCUAAAAUUUGGCAGUUGGACUUAUGAUGGGUUUAAGGUUGACUUAAGGCACAUGGACGAGCAACAAGGUAGCAAUAUUGUAGACGUUGGUGUAGAUUUAUCGGAGUUUUACAUGUCUGUGGAAUGGGACAUUCUGGAAGUCCCAGCUGUACGGAAUGAAAAGUUUUACACCUGUUGUGAUGAGCCCUAUCUGGAUAUAACUUUUAACAUAACCAUGCGAAGAAAGACUCUUUUUUACACUGUUAACAUUAUAAUACCAUGCAUGGGUAUCUCAUUUUUAACGGUACUAACAUUCUACUUGCCUUCUGAUAGUGGAGAAAAGGUUACUCUAUCCAUCUCGAUUCUCAUUAGUCUUCAUGUGUUUUUUCUUUUGGUCGUGGAAAUUAUUCCUCCAACAUCGUUAGUUGUACCACUGUUGGGUAAAUACCUAAUAUUUGCUAUGAUAUUGGUUUCUAUAAGCAUUUGUGUGACUGUUGUCGUACUGAACGUUCAUUUUCGUUCUCCACAAACACACAGAAUGGCACCCUGGGUAAAACGUCUUUUCAUAAACUUUUUGCCUAAAUUUCUUUUUAUAAAAAGACCAACUUAUAACUUUGAAACAAGCAAAUUGCUUUUAAAGGAUGCUCACGCAUGUUUCUAUCCGUAUUACUCUUCGACUAAUAUUGAUCGGCUCCCAUCAGCAGGGUACUAUACGCAUACAGCUUCGAAAGAAGAACUAACAACACAAAGUUUAACCGGCACGGGACCUUUCGGUGGCAGCUGUCAAGUUCAUGGACCAUUGCCCCAAAUUACGCAUUCUAGUUCAGACGACUUAACAGCUGUUCCUGAUGUAGAUUCUGGAAAUUCGGGAAUGAAGAGCCCAAUAUUAAACAACCCCGCCUUCUCUCAUUCAAAAUGCCCACCUCGAGUUCAUCGGAGCUGCUUUUGUGUACGAUUUAUUGCAGAACAUACAAAAAUGCAGGAGGAUUCUACUAAAGUUAAAGAAGAUUGGAAAUAUGUCGCAAUGGUGCUGGAUAGACUCUUUUUAUGGAUCUUUACAUUAGCUGUUUUAGCGGGUACAGCUGGAAUAAUUUUACAAGCGCCAACUUUGUACGAUGAUCGGAUUCCCAUAAUCGAACAGAAAGAUUUGGAGUUUGCUGGAACUUCAGCCGGACGAUGUAGACCAGCGCAAUAGCGUUUUUAUACUAAUAUAACCUACAUAAUGUUGACCUGACCAUAUUUAAAUUAUUAACAUGGUUUAUUACGUUUUUUGUAAAAGUUUGUUUCAUGCACAUAUGUAUAAGUCAAUGUCAAUGUCAAAAUGUAAGCCGAAAAAUAGAUACUCAAUAUUGUUAACAGCUAGUUUCAACUCUUUCGACAUAGCAAGUACCUCCAUUUGCUUUAUGUUUAAAGGAAAUUGACGACAAAAUUAUUUUCAGUACUAAUGCACGCGGCAACAUUAACGACAUCGUCCAAAUGAGGCAGCAAAAAUAAUUCCUCUUUUUAAUUUUUAUUAUUAAACAUUAAGUCUUUUUAGUUUUUCUAAUUUUUUCUAGCUUGUAAAGAAAUUCAUCCACUGAAGCCAAUUGGGAACCAUUAUUAUAAUGCUUGUACUGUAUGGAGCAGUCCGUUUUCAGUCCAAACGAGCCAAACUACUUCCUAAGAUAUGUCUCCUUAGAUUAUCAGUAGUCUUUCUUCUAAAUUUUAUAACACUAGUUCAUUAAAUGUAGAAGAUACAGAUUAUAAUCUUUUCAAAUGGUGGAAUGUGCAUUCUUGAAUAAUUUUUGGGUGCAAUAAGAUCGAUAUAAAUAUUUAUACAGCAUAACAAGGACCUAGCGCAAAUCCGAACGAAAUAGAAAACGAGACAUUGUUUAAUUUGUGUUAGCUUUCUUGACCGAAUAUAACUUAGACUCAUAAUCCCAUUUGUUAGAACCGUACACAUGAUAAAAAUUUAAAAAACUUUCAAACAAGAUAAGCAAUAACUAAGGGAAGACCAAGGAACACAAUUACUUAUUUAAAUUUGGAAGCAAUGACUAUUUUUAAAACUGGCAUGAUAUUGACAUAUCCCAUUUUGUUAAUCUUGCUGCAUUAUACGAGGCUAACGAGUAUGGUUUAAGCUUCGCGUUUAGUUUUAUUUGUUAAAUCGGUCAUUUAGUUCACUCGUGCAGCUAUUCAGUCGGUCAUGAACGAUGAAUUCUGCUUAGUAUGCAGUCAAAUCAUAUGUGAAAUUAAAAUCCCGCUUUCUUUUAUGUUUAUUAAGAACUGAACAUCUCAAAAGAAUGUAUCGUUCAUGACCGACUGAACGAGUACAGUAUACAUCAUUCAUGACCCACUGAAUAGCUGAACGAGUGAACUAAAUGAGCGAUUUAAGAACUACUGAAUAAGCUCAGUAGUUCAUUUUAAUGACCCGUUCAACCGAACUUGGUCUGAACUAAACGACACACAAUCCAAACAAGAGGUUCUAGUCGGGAGCUCCCGACUAGGAGAUACCCUGAACCCUCUACUU